AACAAAACUCAAUCAAAAUUAGGGUUUACCAUCUCUUAUACCCUCCUCUAUCGAACUUCUCGUUACCUCACAGCUCUCUUCACCUAUGGCGACGGAGAAACACGAGAACGACGACUACAUGGACGAAGAAGGAGACGAUUUCAAAACCCCGCAACGUCACGAUAAGAAAAAGAAGAAAAAGAAUAAGAAAACAGAGAAUAACGAGCCGUUAGACGUAACCGUCAAACAAAUCUCCGAUAAGGCCGAUAGAAUCUCACCGAUCGUAGCGUACUUCGCUUCAGGAUACGAUCCUUGCUCACAGUCCCCGAAAGUUACUGUUUACAGGCACAAAGUGGAGACGAAGAAGAGGAUUAAGGUCGUCGUGAGCCCUCCCGGAUCGAACGUGGAGUUCGUGGGUUCGAAUUUCACGGGAGAGCAGUCUAGUAGACAGACUUGUGUUUAUACGCUCGGUGUUUUGGAUAAAGAGACUCAGACUCUUAAGAUUGUUCCCAUUGCUUAUAAUAAGGUUGUGAGAUUAGAGACGAGAGUUAAAGGUAAUGAAGCGGGAGAGGAGGAAGCUGCGGAGGGUGCUGUUGCUACGGAGGAUGAAGCUGACACUAACUUGCAUACUUUCUGGACUAAGAGAGCGAUUUUAGAUGAUAAGAAGAGGCGUGCUAGAGUUCUAAGAGAUGAUCCUGAGGGACAGAAGACACUUGAAGGUAAACUUGAGAAAGUGGAUGUUAACACAAGUGCUCUUGAGAAUACCAGUGCUCUUGUUGCACGCAACAUUCCUCAUCAUAACGCCUUUGCGACGAAUCCGAGAGACGCUUAUCCUAUAGAACAUAUUAUCGAAAAUGGAGAUUGGUCCUCCCUUCAGGAUGUUUACCGGCUUCUUCAAGAAGAAGCUGGAGCUGCAAAGACCGACGCUUACCCUGCUUUUGUCCGUAACCGGUUGUACAGGUUGCGUGAUAACAAGGAUGAGACUGAGAAGGAGACAGUUGCUGGCAUCUUAACGUUCAUAACCCAUUUGAUAAAGUUCAAGGACGAUAACACAUUGGUGGGUCGUGAUUCCGCUAGGGGACACAAGUUUCCUCCAUCCAUCCGUGAGAAAUGUAAGAGACUGUUCAUGGAUUCUGACGCAGGUUGGAGGAUGCCUGAUGACAAGACCAACCUUUUGAUAAGUUACGUUCUUGUGCUCACCCUUCACGUGGAUAAGUUCAAGACCGACUUUGAAGACAUUGCUAAGGAUCUGAGGAUGAGCUCAGUUGAUUUGAGGAAGCAUUUUGAGAAUCUUGGCUGCAAAUUCGCGGUUGAGAACUCGAUUCGUGUUGCGACGUUACCGGUUCCUCUCAAGUUCCCGGAGAUAAUGCGGAGGAGGAAGAGACAACGAUAGAUGGAGAGAGACACAAGGAAUGAUGAUGAUUAUGAUGGCCUUGCAGAAAAGUUGGUUUUGUUUGCUCAUUUUUGCUGUCUAGAUGUGAUUUUAUUUAUGUUUGGAUUGUUUAAUGACUUUGGUCGUGAUGAUAAGUGUUUUAUUGUAGCCACCAUAAAGGAACUUGACGAUGAAUGAGUCCAUUAGCUUUGUUUUGGUUUUGUUUCAGAGUUCCAUUCCCUUCUCUUCUUCUCUCUC